GCGGAGGUAGCUGGGCGUCUCCGUGAGCCAUGAACAACAAUAACAACCUCUCAAAUCGGGAUUUUACGUGUUUUGCGGGUGAAAAAUGAUUUCUGUCAGCUACAUUCUGCUCUGCGGGCAGUUCCUGCUGCUUCUGACGGUGAUAUUACUGCAAUGUCUGGAAGGAAUUCAUUCGCAGAACUCGACUACGACGGAGCCUCCGUCCGCCGCAUCCCCCGGGCCGGGAGCCACCGAGCGAGCAGCCACAGGACCGGGGGCCACCGAGCCGCCGUUCAGCGAGCAACCAGACACCGUCAACACCGAGACACCCACCGACAGUGUGAAUUCCACCGAGCUCGAGUACAACCCCCCGUCUCCUGUCGUCCUCUGCGAAUAUCUACCGGAUGAGUUUGUGUAUUGCCAGGACCCUGUGGACCACGCAGGCAACUACACCGCCUUCCUGGAGCUGGGCCACGGUUGCGUCGGGUGGGGCGGUCAAACGAAGAAGGAGGUGAACCACACACCGGUGGUGUGCACGGCGCUGGACGACAUCGAGUGUUACGGACGCAGAGAGUUCACCCGAGGGAAUGUGCCCUGCAUCAAAUACACGGGACACUACUUCAUCACCACGCUCCUGUACUCCUUCUUCCUGGGCUGCUUCGGCGUGGAUCGCUUCUGCCUGGGCCACACGGGCACGGCGGUGGGGAAGCUGCUCACGCUGGGCGGCCUGGGCAUCUGGUGGUUCGUGGACCUGAUCCUGCUCAUCACGGGCGGCCUCAUGCCCAGUGACUACAGUAACUGGUGCACGUACUACUGAGAGCCAGCGGACUGAUCUCCAUCAGCCUCACCGGGACUCCAGGGACAGAGAUCUGCCUCCAGCAGGUCUCAGGGCUGUGGAGUUAUCGGAGCAGGGAUCCGGGGAACCUCCUGAAGGGAUCCGCAGGCCUCCCCCGGGACUCGGCGAAGAAUAAUCCGAAGACAUUUAAUUUAAUUCACUUCAGAUUUCCUGCUUUAAGCGCGCAUACCAAUCAGACUGGCAGACUUUCUCCAGAACCUCAGCUGCAGUAGUUCAAGCUAAGGUCACAAUUUGUCUGUAUUUUCUCCCGUUUUUUUUCAAACUUCAUGAUUCUCUUAUGUUUAUCUUCAUGCAUAACAAACCCUUCUGUGUCCACAUUACGAGGCAAAGUAUUCCCAAAAUCCGUUACAGGCGUUCAGUGGUGAGUGAGUUUGGGGUAAGCCAGAGCAUCGAAUACGGACAAACUCCACAGCCUCACUUUUCAAACAAAUCCGUCCAUCUUGAAAACCUCCCGAUCACAGUUAGGCUCUAAUGCGUUGGAGCCGGGCCAAGCACGUCUUCAGAGGAAGUAUCUGCAGAAAACCCUACACAAGCCGUUAAAGCACUUCCAAACUCCACGUAGGACAGUCCUAAGAUUGGAAGCAUACCCGUGCGGUAACCCCUCCGCAGUCCUCCUUUAAACUUAGACCACGUGGUCAUAAUGAUGUGGCUCGUUAUUGAGAAAGCGCCACAGAUCUUGAAGCAAACUUUGCCCACGUAACACUUUUCAAAGGAGUUUGAAAAACAAAAAAAGCAAAAUUUAGCAGCACAAUUAAACCAAAAACUGAAAGAUCAAAGAUUACUGAAGUGGAGACAUGAAACUUUAAUAAGUCUCGUUUUAAAAAAGAUCCGCGUUGUGCAAGACUGUUUGAUCGCCAUGGUAACACGUCUGCAUAAAUCCCAGCGCCGGAGCCCGGGUGACGACCUUGUUUUCUGAUCCUCUGCUCUGAGAAGAUGCCGGAUGAGAGAAACCUACUGACAGACAGUGAGUUCACUGUAGUCUGAAACGCUGACGUUUGGUUGGUUCUUUUAUUUUGUGAUUCUUAAAACAGUACGACUUGGCGACGUGAUGAAGGAUGACGGCUCAAACAGUUUGACCCCCGUCGUGAAGAAAAUCAUCGUUUCCAGUGGUGCAGCUGAGAAGCUUGAAGGAACUUGAGGGUGAAGAGAGUUGUAUGGCCUCCUCCUGACCUCCACCGCAGCGAGACAUUUUGUUAUCGCCCCAAAGCGAGCCAUAACUUUAACGUCAAAACGACAAAACCUGCCGCUUUCUUCCAACUCAACACGAGAAGCAAUUAGAGCAUCCUGGCUUGGACUUUCUCUGCUCCUCUCACAUAAAUCUUACAUUCCUUUUCAAGAGAUUCCAGGAACACUGCGCCGUGUCCUGAGGGCAACAUCCCCCAUCAGCAGCCGGCCCUCCGCCGCCGUUCUGUUCUUCCUCGCAGAGCGUUUCAGCUGCACUCGGGCUGAUUAGCGGAGACCGGAGGGGGCCGUCACUUUGACGAGGCCAUGAUUUAGAGAAAGCUCCCGUACUGACUUGCGUUGACGUCUGGUGGACGCAGGUGGCAGAGCAGCACAUUCCAGCACCGGAUCUUCACGUCCUGUUGUUGUGAGGCAGCGAUCAGCCCUCUUUACAUUCAGCUGCAGAGUCUCGAUUCCGCCCAAAGGUCUCUGACUGCUGCGGAAUAGGAACCUUUUUUUUUUUUAAGUCUGACAUCAAAUAUUCAAAUCUCCCACUUUGUUAAAUUUCUGGUCUUUACCUGAAGUCAAGGCUCUUUUUCACAGACAGAUCGGGUCUCAUUACCUGAGGACCUAAAACCCCCUUUCAGCUCUCGUCAUAAAAGGUUGACUCCAUUCUCAGACUCUCCUCAUCGGCAAUAUGCUUUUAGCAGGCGAUGUACUUUCAGCUGGCUAAACAUCUUUUGUACAAGGAAGCAUUAAAAUACUACUUUCCAUACCGCAAUGUCCCGUUUAAUUCACAAUAAGGCAAUUCAUGUGCUAUUAUGCUGCAGUGAAAAGAUCUGAGCAGGCAGCCUUUAAUCUGAUUUAUCCUUAAAUCCAAAUCCAGCUCUGCAGAUUGGCCCCAGUUCAGUAAAAAGACGUCCUGUAUUCUUUUCCGUUUGGGAACAUUGGAGCUCUGAAAGUCUCUGACGUUUGUAUAAUACUGUAUAUAAAAUCAGUGCAGCCAAAACGAAAACGCCUGUCCUGUUGCGGUUGUUCUUUUUUAGGGUGAACUUAAGUUGUCUUAUUUAUUUGCCUUGUGUGUUUCAUAUGUGAGUCAAUAAAGACGUUACGAUGAUCCAGAAAU